GAAAAAUCCGAAAAAUCCUACAUAGCGCAGCACAUACUGCCCGGAGCAGCCGGAGCUUACAGCGAUUGGAGCGAGUGCAUCUGUCUCCACCGCCACGUCAGUGUAUUUGUUCAAAAUGAACGCGUGGGUGCAAUACUUCAAAUCGAUCCCAACGCAUAUGGACUAUGAUGGCCAAGCCAGAGCAGAGAAAUUGUCGCGGGUUAUAAUAACGUUAUUUGGGAUAGUCGGCUUAGUCUGGGGAUAUGUUAUUCAACAAUUUUCGCAGACAAUCUAUAUUCUGGUUGCGGGAUUUGUUAUGGCGGCGUUAAUCACUGUACCUCCGUGGCCUAUGUACCGUCGCAAACCAUUGGACUGGCAAAAGGCACAGUCCGAAAUUAUCGCAAAGCUGAAAAAGAAGAAAUAAUUGCCGAACGUCUUUAUGAUACUUUUAACGAAAUCCAAUUAUAAUAAAAUAUGCAAUCUUCAAUGAUGCGAAUUAAAUUACCGAUAGUGCAAUCCUAAUGCACUGAGUAUUUGUUUUUAGGCAGUUAUGAGAUAUAAAUGUCCUUAAUGAAUGCUAGCGCAUGUUACACAGCAAGUAACUCAUACUUUCUGUACACUCUCAAUACAGGACUUUUAGGUUCCUCGUUUUGUAUGAUAGACAUAUCUACGCUUUAAUGUAUGUUGGCUGUAUAAAUGGGAAUCGCAAAUAAAAUAAUAUUGCAUUUUCAUAAGAAUAUAUACUUAUGAAUUUAGAUAAUAACUUUGUAAAUAAAAUCAAGAAAAUUUUGAGUCAGUUGAUAACAUUUUUAUGCCGAUUUAAUUAAGUUUUAAGGGAAUAGAAUAUAUUAAAACUUACUGAUCAAUUGUACAUUAAAAUAGUCCUGAUAUAUAUUUCCUACAUUAUAUACAUACAUACACACACACACACAUAUAUUGUAUACUCGUUCUCGUUCGGGUACAUUGUAUAAUAAAGUUUUAACAUUA